AUGAAAUAAAAAAGAGAAGAGUUCAGAUAAUAAAUUAGAAAAUAAGCAAAUGAAAAAAUUUUUUAAAAAGUGAGAGGAUUGAUUAGUAAAGGUAAUUAAGACUCAAUAGUUACAACUGAGAGUGAAUUUUUCUAAGAACUCACUUUAUAAAUUAAAUAGGAUUUUGAUGAAAAAAAUUUAUUAAAAAUUUUAAAAAAAUGGGAGGAUAAUUUUGAUAAAAAAUAAUUCCAAAUGCUUUUAUUUAAUAAUGAGUUUCCUUAUUUCAAAUUUCUUAUAGCAAAUUUUAAGAUGACUAAAAAAUAAAUUAAAAUAUUGAUCUUUAUUUUUAUAGCAAUAGAGCAUGAUAUCUCUGAAGUGCAUCAUGCUUUAUAUUAAUAUUAAUUGCUAAAUCAAUUGCAAAGUAAUUUUGAAAAGGUAGAUAAAGAAAUUUAGUAAUAAGUAACAUUUCCUGCAAUAUUAGAUUAUGUUUCUAUUCAGUGUUUUAAUUCAAUAUUCAUAAUUAUAUCGAUUGGCUAUAAAAAACUCAAAUUUAAUUGAUAUUGUUGUUACUUAAUUCAUAAAUUAAAGGAUGGAUAAUUUUAGUUAAAAUUAUAUUGAAUGCUUCUUUUUUAUGAUUUGGUCACUAAUCAAUCCAGAUAUAUCUUCAAUGUCUGAUUUAUUUGAAUGGUUAUUUGAUUGUUUACUUAACUUAAAUGAAGCAUUAUUAGAUUUUUAAUCUGAAUAUUUAUUGCCUAUAAUUUUUAAAGCAACAUCUUAAUUUACAUUUUGUAGAGAAAAGUUUUUUUCAAGAAAUGUCGAUUAGAUUAUACAUUAAUUAGAAUAGUAAAAUAAAAACUAAACAGUAUAUGUAAAGUAUAUAGAUAUAAUCAGUUAGAAUUUUUGGAUUUUUUAAAUCAUUUGUUAAUGUAACAACCAGAUGUUUUUGUUUAAUUUUUUAUAGAGCAUUCUUGGAAUGUGAUUAAUAAAAUAUUGAUUUAAAAUGAUAUUAUUUAAGAGGCUAAAAUAAGAUCUGGAUAUUUAUUAAUGGAAGCAGUAAACAAUAGAGAGAUUGAAGAAUUUUUGAAAGGAUAAAAUAUUUUAAAUAAGAUUUUAAAUUUGAUACUUCUUACUUAAAAUUUUGAUGUAAAAUAAAAUAUUAAUAUUAUAGUUAAUAUAGGCUUAUUUUAAUUUACUUUAGGUUUUAUUAAUCUAAGAUUAAUGUCAUGGAGAUUAAGUAGAUUAAUUGGCUUAAGGGAUAAUACAUUCUGUAACUUUAACAAUGGAAGUAAUAAAAAAAUAAUAUUGAUUAGAAUUAAUUAGUAUAAGUUUGGCAAGUUAUAUUAUAUUUAAUAUAAGAUUUUGAAAAUAAAGAGAUGCUGAUAAAAUUUUUAAAGAAUUAUAAUUUUAGAGCAAUAAUGGAGAAUUGUUUACAAAUAGUAAAGAAUUAAAUGAUUUUUAAUAUCAUAAAUAGAUGUAUUGAAUUAUUAUGA